CCGGAAGUAAACACACACUAGUUGCAUUAGCUAGGUGCAUGUUAGCAGUUAGCUGGAAGACGCUAGUGUGGUCGUUUCUCGGGUAAAUAUUCAAGUAGUGGACGGAGCAGUGAUGUCUUCGGUUCAGUAUUUGAGAGAGUUUAUCAGCGAGCGACUAACAGCUGCUGCUGAGGAGAUAUUCACGGUCUUUGAAAAAACCAUCGUCCAGUACGAAGAAGAGGUGGAUCGUCAGCGCAGACUGCUGGAGACCGUUUUGAAACCUGAAAUAAAGCUGCACAGGAUCGAGCUCCCACAGCCGCAUGUCUGUAAGGAGGAGGAGGUUCUCACUGACCAGCAGCUCUGUCCCCAGGAGAGGAGCUCCAGUCUGGACCAAGAGGAACAAGAACCUCCAAAGAUUAAAGAGGAACAGGAGGAAAUGUGCACCAGUCAGGAGGGAGAGCAGCUCGUACUGAAGCAGGAGACUGAAACCUGCAUGUUGACUCCUCAUGGUGAGGAAAGUGACAACAUAGAACCAGAGGGUGAGCACCAGCUCCUCUCUCACAACUCUCCUGUAGCUGAGAUCCAAGAUCAGAACAGAAGAAAACAUGUGGAUUCAGGAUCAAGAGAAAAUGAAGAACCAAACCCACAGAAGAGUUUUCAUGAAAACAAAAGUCACAGUAGCAAUGUGGACAACUCCCCCAAAUUAGAGAUUAACUCUAAUACUCAAACAGGUAAAAAGUCUUUCAAAUGUGAAACUUGUGGAAAAACGUAUGUUUAUAAGUAUAAUUUGAAGAUUCAUCUGAGAACACACACGGGUGAAAAACCGUAUUUAUGCAAAAUAUGUAGGAACAGAUUUGGACGUAGUGAUGAAUUGAAAGUCCACAUGAGAAUUCACACUGGUGAGAAGCCAUUUUCAUGCAACAUAUGUCAGAAACAUUUUGUAAGUAGUAGUAAAUUGAAAGUCCAUGUUAGAAGUCACACUGGUGAGAAGCCAUAUUCUUGCCAAACAUGUGGUAAAUGUUUUGUAAGUAGUGGUAAUUUGAAAGUCCAUGUGAGGAUUCACACUGGUGAGAAGCCAUAUCCUUGCCAAACAUGUGGUAAAUGUUUUGUAAGUAGUGGUAAUUUGAAAGUCCAUGUGAGGAGUCACACUGGUGAGAAGCCUUUUUUGUGCAAAAUAUGUCAGAAAAGUUUUGUAAUUAGUAGUGAUUUGAAGGUUCAUAUGACAAUUCACACUGGUGAGAAGCCAUAUUCUUGCCAAACAUGUGGGAAAAGGUUGAGACGACAUGCUGAAUUGAGAAUCCAUAUGCUAAGUCACACAGGUGAGAAGCCAUAUUCUUGUAAAAUAUGUCAGAAAUGUUUUGUGAAAAGUGCUAAUUUGAAAGUCCACAUGAGAAUUCAUACUGGUGAGAAGCCAUAUUCUUGCCAAACAUGUGGGAAAUGUUUUUUAGGUAGUGGCAGUCUUAAAGUCCACAUGAGUAGUCACACAGGUGAGAAGCAAUUUUCUAACCAAAGAUGUGCACUGAAUUUUCACAUGAGAACUCAGACUGGGGAGGAGCCUGCAACUUGUGAUAAAAGCUUCUCUUAGUUUACACACAUGAAAAUUUAUUAAAACUUUUAUAAAGGUAAAAAUGUGUGUUUACUAAACAAAGAUGUAUAUAGUUUUAGUGUUAUUGAAGAUGAUAAAUGAUCUGAGGCUGUCCAGCCAACCUGCAACUACGGUCUUUUCACAAACAUGUCCUUUAAUUCACUGUCUUUUUUUUUCAUUCUUACAUCAAAUUAAUAACGUUUUUACUUGUUCAGUCUGCAGAGGUGAAACAACCUCAUGCAGUAGAUGUUCAAUGCUGCUUUAUGAAAUUUGCCAUAUAAAUAAACUCGUAUUUUAAUAA